AUGCCUGAUAUUCGAUCUUUCUUCGGUCCUAAGGGCGGUGCCGCCCCAAAACCUACGCCGAAGCCGGUAGAGACCAAACGUUCAAAAAACCGAAAAGUUAUUGAUGAGAGCGAUGAUGAGGAGGCUGAGUGCGUUCGACAUCAGUUGUUCAAAUCGCUUCAAAAUAAUGCUAACACUAUGGGCAGACAGAAGCGACCAGAGCCGAAAGCUUCCACAAAGAAGAAAGCAGGAGAUAGCAAGCCUGCAGGCGUAUCAAUUUCCGCCGAGGAUUAUUUUGCCUCAACCAAGACAAAUGAUUCUUCCACCACACGAUCGACGACCUCCUCCCUGAAAAAAGAGGAGAAGAAAACGGACGUUCCGGUCAGAUCUAGCCCUCGAGGAAGGAAUCUACCCUCAAAAUCCCAAGCCGGCCCCGACAAGAGCGCCUCACCUACGAAAAAGCGAACGGCUGUUAGUUAUACUAGCCACGCAGCCAAUGAUGAUGAAGACGCCUACAUGGAUGACGCCGAUGAAGACGCAGAUGAUAUUUUCGCUGCUGACACAAAGGGUCGUGGUAAGCGCAAAAAUGACGAUUAUGUGGAGGAUGAUUCGGAUGAAGAUGUUCUUCCUCAACCGAAACGAGUCGCAUCUCGAGCUCGAGCUUCAGCUGCCGGUGAUGAAAAGAAGCCUUCAAAGCCCUCAGCGGCGAAAAAGCGAAAAACCCCUGAACCCGACACAGAAGAAUCUGAAGAAGAGGCGCCAAAGAAGCGGAAGACCCCUGCGAAACCACGAGCUCCGCGGACAAAAAAGCCAGAUGAACCCGAAGAUGCCGAGAUUCAAGACAUUCUCAAUAGCGUUACGACAGUUCGAGCACCAACGCCUCCGCCAAAGGAUCCCAAUGCUAAGUUUGACUGGAGAAAAGCCAAUGGUGGUGGAAACUCAGCUGCUCAGCCUAUGGGAGGUUCGGCAGAUAUACCAGACGGCGAAGAGGAAUGUUUGAGUGGUCUCACCUUUGUUUUCACCGGCGUAUUGCAAACAAUUGCUCGAGAGGAAGCGCAGGCAUUGGUGAAGCGGUAUGGAGGUAAAGUUACUGGACAACCCAGUAGCAAGACAAGCUUUGUUGUUCUUGGCGAAGACGCUGGGCCAAGCAAGCUGUCUAAAAUAAAGUCACUGGGAAUCAAGACGAUCGACGAAAAUGGAUUAUUUGAUCUUAUCCGGAAACUUCCUGCCUUCGGUGGCUCAGGCAAAGGAGCUCAAAAGGCGCAGGAAAAGAAGAAGGCGGAUGAAGAAAAGAUGAAGAAAGAAAUUGCUGAAAUGGAAGCGGAAGAGAAGGCAAAGCAAGUGGAGGCAGCGAAGGCAGCGAAAAAGGCUGCCGCUGCUCGAGGUGUCACGGACAAGUCGGCGGUUCUCCCACCAGCUCCAGUUGCCCAACUGUUGACUACUAAGUACGCCCCAACGCAGCUAAGCCAUAUUUGCGGAAACAAGGGGCAAGUUGAAAAGAUACAGAAAUGGCUGAAAGGCUGGGCGACGGCGAAAAAAUACGAUUUCCAACGACGGGGAGCUGAUGGACUGCUCGGAGCUCGUGCUAUCAUACUAUCUGGCCCGCCUGGUAUCGGCAAGACGACAGCUGCACAUCUUGCGGCUAACCUUGAGGGCUAUGAUGUUCUAGAGAGCAACGCGAGCGACUCAAGAAGCAAAAAGUUAGUUGAAGCCGGUGUUAGUGAUGUGAUGAACAACACCUCGCUCCUCGGAUACUUUGCAGGCGAUGGCAAAUCUGUGGACUCGACAAAGAAAAAGAUUGUGCUCAUCAUGGAUGAGGUCGAUGGCAUGUCGGCAGGUGAUCGUGGUGGUGUUGGUGCGUUGGCAAAGUUCUGCAAGAAGACUGAGAUCCCGCUCAUCUUGAUUUGCAAUGAGCGCAAACUGCCAAAGAUGAAGCCUUUCGACCAUGUGGCCCUGGAUAUAAGAUUUAAUCGCCCAACGGUCGAGCAAGUCAGAGGCCGCAUCAUGACUAUAUGCCAUAGAGAAGGAUUGAAACUACCAGUUCCUGUCGUUGAUGCUCUCAUCGAAGGGAGCAACAAGGAUAUCCGGCAGAUCAUUAAUAUGAUUUCUACAGCAAAGCUCGACCAGAAGAGCAUGGAUUUUGACAAAGGAAAGGCAAUGAGCAAAGCGUGGGAGAAACACGUUGUGUUGAAACCUUGGGACAUUUGCCAAAAGAUGUUGGCUGGUGGACUAUUUGCACCAGCCAGCAAGUCGACCCUCAAUGACAAGAUUGAGUUGUAUUUCAACGAUCAUGAAUUCAGCUUCCUUAUGAUCCAAGAAAAUUACCUCAAGACCAAGCCAAUGGCCUUGAAUGGGCAAGGCUACAAUAAACGACAAGAAAAGCUGAAGGCUUUGGAACUCUUUGACAAGGCUGCUGAGAGCAUCAGCGACGGAGACCUGGUGGAUAGAAUGAUCCAUGGCCCUCAACAACACUGGAGCCUCAUGCCAACACAUGCUGUUUUCAGCACAGUUCGACCUGCAAGCUUUAUCGCUGGCCAACUCAUGGGCUCGGACUUCACGAGCUGGCUUGGAAAUAACAGUAAAACAGGGAAACUGGGACGUUAUACUCGAGAGCUUCAUUCUCAUAUGCGUCUUAAAUCAUCUGGCGAUCAUAAUGAGGUUAGACAGGAAUACCUUCCUGUGCUCUGGGACCAAAUAGUCAAACGACUUGAGCGUGAUGGCAACGAAGCUGUUUCCGACAUUAUCGAGCUCAUGGAUAGUUAUUACCUCACCCGAGACGACGUAGACGCCAUUCAGGAACUUGGUGUUGGUUAUAUGGAUGAGGGUAAUGUGUCUGUUGAUUCAAAGGUCAAAGCUGCCUUUACCAGAACCUAUAAUUCAAUGAACCACCCAGUUCCAUUCAUCAAGGCAAGCAAUGUCACAGCCCCGAAGGUCCAGGCCAAGGAGGCCCCUGACCUAGAGGAGGCUAUUGAAGAAGAAGAUGAAGCCGAGGUCGUCGAAGCUCCGGAAGCUGAUGAAGAGGAGCUUGAUUUGAAGAAGGAUAAAUAUAUCAAACAACCCAAGGCUAAGAAGCCCGCGAAGAAACCAACAAAAGCCGCGGCCAAGCCCAAGGCGUCAGGGGCGAAGGGGAAAGCCAAGAAAUAA